AUGGGAGUUACUCCGAAUGAACUAGAAGGGAUAAAGGCGACCAAUAUAGCCGAGUUUCUUAGAUCCACAUUGCGUUAUAAUUUUAAACAUGUAAAAAAAGAAGUCAACUGGGGGUAUGGCUUCGUACAUUUCGAGAAGGAGAAUCGAGGAACAGCCAUUAUUGCUGGUGGGCCCGUCGCAACUCCAAACCCAAACGCAACCCCAGCAACUCCAAACCCAAACUCAAACGCAGUCGCAGCAACACUAAACGCAAACCCAAACGCAGUCACAGCCGCAGCAACACCAAACGCAAACCCAAACGCAGUCACAACCGCAGCAACACUAAACGCAAACCCAAACGCAGUCACAGCCGCAGCAACACCAAACGCAAACCCAAACGCAAGCCCAAACGCAGUCACAGUCACAGUCGCAGCAACUCCAAGCGCAAGCCAAAACUCAGUCACAACCGCUUACAUAUCCGCAGUACAAUAUAUUUGA